CUUAAAAAUGUAUUUUUGAUUACCUUAAUAACAUUAUUAAAUACUGGACAAAAAAAAAAUUGACGAUUACUCUGUUUUGAACUAAAUAUCAGUAAUAUCAUUUCUUUCAUCUUUACCUGUAAUUUUAAAGACUAUUCUCAUAAUCGCGCAACAAUAUGUCGUAUUGUCUCUUAAACCGAUUCAUCCGUUGUUUUUCGUAACUCAUACUCUCUUUAAUUAUUAUUCCGUUACAAUAACCGAUCAAUUUAUGUAUAAUUUUAAAUUACAUACUUAUUUAAUAUUAUUUAACAUUUAGUUAUUCAGCCUUUAUCGCGUACGCAACCACUUUUCUCUUAUUUGUUGUUCAGCGGUAUUUAUUGGUUUAUUACAAUUAUGUCAUAAAUAUUUAUACAUUAUUCUACAGUACGCUUUAAUGGAGUUGUUUAGUAAUUUUGUUUAGAUUGAUCACCGUUCUUACUGCAUAACAAAAUGGCCAGUAUGUCGAGUUUUUCUUCGUCUGUGAAUGAAUCGUGUUCUGAAGAGGAAUUUCAAUUAUUUAAAGCCCAACUAAAAAAGGUUCAAGAUCUCAUAGAAGAAUACAACAACAAAAUCGUUGACAAGACAUUAUGUGCAGAUGAUCUAGCUGACAUGAAGUCAGAAAUGAAAUAUUUGACAGAACUUGAGCAGCAAGUGACUUCAGAAAAAAUGAAGUCCAGUUAUGUGUCUUACAAAACCAUGUCUUUGAAAAUGGUCCAAGAAUCUUAUCGUAUAUGUAGCUGGCUUAUGGAAAAGCAAUGCAGUGAAAUGGAUAAUAUGUUUGAUAUAGAUACAUAUGUUGAUAAAAUUAUUGAAUCAUGUGCUGAUAAAGAAGAUCCUUUAAGCCACAUAAACACUUUAUUCAAUGAUGCUUUUAAAAAUAUAAAUUAUUUUAAUCUAAGUUUCUACGGAACUAUUAAAUCAGAAGAACCUGCGGAAACCCAGGUAUUAACACAAACAAAGAAAGAUUACAGAAAAUCACAAAAGAGACCCUUAGAAGAACAAGUGGUACCCGAUGAGGUAGGGAGUGAAACCGGUGACAACGAAUUACAAAUAACUUUAUUAAGAGUUAAACGCUGUUUGAAGAAAGCUGUAUUUGAAAAUCAAGGGGAUCCAGUAUCAUUUCAUGAAUUUGCUAUUGAUCCAUUUAGUUUGACAUAUACAAUAGAAAAUUUAUUUCAUUUGGCUUCAUUAGCAAAAGAUGGUGUUAUCGAAAUUGAAAGAAUUUUAGAUAAUGAAAAUGAUGAGUUUUCAACUAUAACAUUAGCAAAAAAAAAAAGUACAAAUGCUAAACCCAAAACAGAUGAUAUCAUAUCUUCUUUAUUCACAAUGAACUAUGAACUAUGGAAGUAUUAUAUCAGAAAAUAUAAAAUAACUAAACGAAUGAUCAAACAAGAUGGUGAUGAGUAAUUAUUUAAAAUUAUUAUAAAUAUGUAUAUAUUGAUGGUUUCCUAAA